AUGGAUCUACUGGUCUCUUUGCGUUUCAGAAUGGAUAAAUCCUGGAUGAGUACUGAUAGAACGAAGAAACGUUAUAGAGAAGGAGUUGCGGCGUUUCUGCGGUAUGCUGUCAACCAUCUCAAGGAGGAGGGUGAGACAUAUGAUGAAUUUCUUAUGUUGUGUCCGUGUACAAAUUGUUUAAAUCUCUGUGCAUGCUCCGUUGGAGACGUAGAAGAUCAUUUAUUCGUAAAUGGAAUCGAUCAAACGUAUACUAUUUGGAAUAAGCAUGGGGAAAAGGAUGAGGCAAUAACUAGUAGUAAGCCAGUUAACGUCAACAAUGGUAUGCACGCUGAAUUUGAAAUGGGAACUCCCACUGAUGCUCCAGACGAAGAUUUUGGAAUGGGAACUCCCACUGAUGCUCCAGACACUAUAGAUAUGAUGCAGGCUGCAGAAGAGUUCGCAGAUGACCCUAUAAAGUUUAAAAAGUUACUUGAAAAUGCUGAAAAGCCCUUAUACGAAGGAUGUCCCAACUUCACAAAGUUGUCUGCAAUUGUGCAGUUGUUUAAGUUGAAGAAUAAGCACGGUGCAUCAGACAUGUUUUUUAAUGAAUUGUUACCCUUGUUAAAGGACAUGUUCCCAAAGAAGGAUGAAAAAGUGUGUCCUACUUGUAAAGCACCCAGAUGGAAAGUUGACAGGGAUGGUAAAGUUUACGAGAAUGUUCCAGCAAAGGUAUUGUGGUACUUCGACAUCAUCCCAAGAUUUCAGCGGCUGUUUCAAUCGAAGCACACAGCAAAAGAUUUGAUAUGGCACGAUACCACUAGAAACAAAGACGGUGUUUUACGUCAUCCGGCAGACUCACAUGCUUGGAGAGAGAUAGAUAACAAUUUCCCAGAAAUUAAAGGUGAUCCAAGAAAUCUGCGGUUAGCUGUUUCGGCUGAUGGAGUUGAUGUAAACACAGGCACCAAACAUCACAGUGGAAAGAGAACAUGGGAUGCAUAUGCCCAAGAAAUGUUUACUCUACGUGCAGUUGUUUUGUGGACGAUAAACGAUUAUCCUGCUCUUGGUACACUAUGUGGUUGUCGCUACGCUGGAUAUCAUGGUUGUGUGGUGUGUCGUAAAAAAACGCACAGUAUUAGGCUUCAUGACUCAAACAAGAAUGUUUAUGUUGGUUAUAGAAGAUUUUUACCCUAUGAGCAUCCGUUCAGAAGGCAGAAGGGGGCAUUUGGCGGAAAACAAGAGUGGGAGACUGCUCCAGAACCAAUGACCGGGGAAGAAAUAUAUGAGGAGGUAAAAUGUAUAAAGAAUUCAUGGGGAAAGAAGGGGACGAAUACUCAAGGGGAAGACGUGCAGGCUACACCUGGAAAAGGUGGAAAUAUGAAGCGCAUCGGAAAAACGAAAAUUGAGCGCAUCAGAAAAAUAUCAAAAGAAGUCGAUAGGUCAGGUGAGGAAGAGGAAGGCAGGGAAACCACUUACUGGAGCAAGUACAACAUAUGGCAGCGACUACUUAGAUAUUGGCGCUAUAAUGAUGUCCAACAUUGUAUUGAUUUCAUGCAUGUCGAAAAGAAUGUGGGACAAAGUCUUGUUGGAACGUUGCUGCACAACGGGAAUACAAAAGAUGGAUUAAACGCCAGAAAGGAUUUGGUGCGUUUGGGGUUAAAAUCGGAGUUACACCCUAAGACAGAUGACAAAGGAACGAUACUUCCCGCAGCAUGUUAUACAUUAACUACGGAAGAAAAAGACAUAUUCUUGGAGACACUAUCCGAGUUAAGAGUUCCAGAAGGGUAUUGUUCGGAUUUUUCCACCCUUGUGAACCUAAAAGAGCGUAAGCUGAUCGGACUCAAAUCACAUGAUUACCAUAUGCUUAUGCAACAAUUUUUGCCCGUCGUUAUUCGAUCAAUUAUGCCUACACCUAUGAGAUAUGCUAUUAUCAGGGAAGUGAAGUUAUGCGGUCCGGUUUGCUUUCGAUGGAUGUAUCCUUUCGAAAGGUGUAUGAAGGUUAUAAAGGGGCAUGUGCGAAACAAGAAUCAACCUUGUGGAUGCAUUGCCGAAGAGAAUGUUGCAGAAGAGACGAUUGAGAUAUAUUGUGAGUACCAUAAAAGCAUCAGGACAAUUGGUAUUCCACUAGAUAGGCAUAAUACAUCUCAGGAGGGAGAACCGUUAUCAGCUGAAGAGCCGUGUAUAGUUACCCCUGAACAGUUGAGACAAGCACAUUUCUAUGUAAUGCAGAACACGCCUGAAAUUGAGCCUUACAUAGACCGACACAAGCUAUAUUUGGAAACUAACUAUUCUACUAAAAAGCGAGCAUGGCUAGAGAAAGAGCACUCUAACACUUUUGGCGCUUGGUUAAAAAAUGAGGUUGAAAAAGAGUUGGCAGACGACAGAGAAAGUAUCUCAGAGAACUUAAGAUGGAUAUCACACGGCCCGCACUACGAGGUAACGAAAUACACUGUAUAUCGCAUCAAUGGAUAUCUAUUCCGCACAAGAUCCCGUGAUGGUAGAAUUCACCAGAAUAGUGGGGUUAGCGUUGCAGCAAAUGACAUGCACAUAUCUAGAGAUGAUGAUGUUACAUAUGGUAAAGCCUCUUAUUAUGGUGUCUUGCAAGAGAUAUGGGAGUUAGAUUACUGUGAAAGAAAAGUUCAUCUGUUCAAGUGCAAUUGGGUUGAUAAUAAACGUGGGGUCAAAAGAGAUGCUCUUGGCUACAAGAUUGUUGACCUUACUAUGUUGGGAUACAAAAAUGAUCCUUUUAUUUUAGCCUCACAAGCUAAGCAGAUCCACAAGACUUGGGUAAAGAAUCCCGAAAUGAUUACUUCCGAACUGACUGCCGAGGUUUACUUAUACGCAAGCCAAAAUGACACACUCCCGCAGGUUCGUUGUGGCUAUUCAACACUCUACAUUGUUCCUGAGCUUUGA